AUGAACCGGAAUAUCGGUCCUUAUGUUUUUGACAAACACCUCAGCUCAGGGAAUUUCGGUAAAGUCUAUGUAGCAACUCAUGAACCUUCAAAUGAAAAAGUUGCAAUAAAAAUCGUUACUAAAAAUGCACACAGCAUUAACUCUUCAAAGGAAUAUGAUAUAAUGAUGAAAUUACAUCAUCUUUUCAUUGUCUCGCUAUAUGAAGUCAUUGAAGAUGCUGAAAAUUUAUAUCUUGUCAUGGAAUACGUAGAAGGGCCUACGCUUCUUGAUUACAUAAAAGAGCAAGGAAAACUCCCUGAUUGGAAGAUCAAGCACAUUUUUUGUGAAAUUCUUUCCGCUGUUCUAUAUUUACACAAAACAUUAAAAAUAGUCCAUAGAGAUCUGAAACUCGAAAAUAUCAUUAUCGAUAAGAAUUUAAACGUUAGACUUCUUGAUUUUGGCUUGAGUAAUCAACAAAAACAUGACGCAGCAUUAUUCAAAACAACAUGUGGUUCUCCAUCCUACUCGGCUCCGGAACUGUUAAUGGGAAAGCCGUAUAACCACAAAGUAGACAUGUGGAGCCUCGGAAUUAUACUUUAUGCGCUUACAUAUAACACAUUACCCUUUGGAGAUCCAAAUAUGCAAAGUUUGACCUCUAAGAUCAUUACAAAAGAUCCUUUUUACCCCAUGAUUAGCAACCAACAGAUCAUAACUGUUAUCAAAGAAUUGUUGAAUAAAGAUCCUGAAGAAAGACCAUCAUCGGAAGAAGCAGCUGAACUACCUUGGAUCGCUUCAUACCAAAAUGCCUUCAUUCUUAGAGAUCCUUUUAAUCAAACCGAAAGAUGGGCGGCAAACUCGAACGACAGCUACGUUGGCACAAAGAUAAUGAUGAGGAAGCAAAUAAAUAAAGAAUGUGCUGAUUUCUGUAAAUCUGCCGGAGAUUUAAAUUCGUUCAAAUUUAAUUCAACUUAUAACCAUCCAAAAAUGCGGAACCAUUUACUUACAAACCAAAAGAUGCCAAUACGAGGCUCAACUUUCCAAAAAGGAGCAAAAAGAUUGAUUAUGGCAAACGCUUCUCCGAAAUUGGUCAGAAAGCUUGAUUAA